AUGUACCACCUAAAGCUCUUUUUUCUUCCAUUGGGGUCUACUCUGUGCAGCGUUGCCAGUGGUGCCAGUACUGGUAAUAAUGUUCCCAGCAGCUUCAACUUAUAUGCCUAUGGGCAUGGGAUUGGCGGAUACCCUAUUGUUUACCUCGACGGUAUCGCCCACGUCAGCUCACAAAGUCAGUUGAACACCUCAACUCAAGUUGCCCGCUUCACUCUCUCGUCCAACACUCUCAUUGCCAACUCCAAUAGCACCGACGACAAUGGUGGAUUUUCCAAUGCCACAUUUUUCGUUCCAGGCCCCAACGACUCAUCGCCACAAGCGGGCUUUGUGAAUGGAACCCCGCCUGCUACGGCAAUAUCCUCGGGUUGGACAUUCUAUGGACAAACACUUCUACUUGUGGGUUCGUCAGGUCAAUGGGAAGGGCUCUUCUCCGCCGAACCUACCGAACAGGAUGAUAUCUUCUCCCUCAACUGGAACCAAACAUCGGAUACAGCUAUCCCGCUAUCAGUACGUUUCACUACACCUUCCAGUGCUACUAUGUAA